GAGCAGAUUAGGCUCGGAUGUGCAUAGUGAUAAACAUAUACAAUAUAAAUACAAAAACGGGACGCGUUUGGAGAUCAGUAGUAGCAAUAAGACGACGGUAACGACAACUAUAGUUUGGAUACCAAUUUGUCAAUCUUCGGAAAUUACGUUUCUUCGGGAAGGAUGCUCAGUCUCCUCGUUUCCAUCGAAAUUCUUGUGUUAUGUCUGUGUUUUGCAAAUACCCUAGGACAAAUUACGGGAAAUGAUGCUGAAGAUGAUACUACAAAGACGACCAAACUUUUGCCGCUGGCAAAUGAAAUUAAAAGAGAAGAAAAUUUGAGAAUGACUACGACAACUAAGACGACUCAGUCAGUCACUGAAAACCAUUCUUUUGCUCCUCCGGCAAUGGAAGACGUACAAGCAUGCAACUGGAGCAUGAAUCCAGAGCGCUUGACACAAGAACAAUUCACAACACAGUUGACUCAGGCGUGCAGAUACGAUAAACUGAUAAAACCGGAAACAAAUGGACCCGUUAAUGUGACUGUGCAAUUAGAUAUCCGGCACAUCGAAGCAGUUGAUCAACUGCAAUUCAAGAUGCACAUGCUCGUACAUUACAAGUAUGUGGAUAAGAGGUUACAUUACGAAUAUAUUUCACCGAAUCGCGGGGCUUUGAUUGGUGGUGAUAAAUUACGUGAGAAGAUCUGGAUUCCCCACUUGGUGCUUUCCAACGAACGAGAUACUAGUAUCAUGGGUCUGGAGGAGAAGGAUAUGUACGUGUCAAUUAGUCCGGACGGCUCAGUAGUGUAUACGUACAGGAUGACGGCGAUGAUCUAUUGUUGGAUGGACCUCAAGAAGUUUCCCUUCGAUGAUCAGAUUUGCGACGUCCACUUGAAGAGUUGGACGUACAAUUCAGAAGAUCUACUGCUGCAUUGGGCGGACCAGGAACCCGUAAUCGUUGCAGGCCAACUUCACCUGACCGAGUUCAAAUUGAUCAGUAACUGGACUUACAGCACUUUGGUACAGGCUUCUCAGAAUCGUGGAGCUUUCGCUGGAGAAUACAGUAAUCUAGUGUUCAAAUUCCAAAUUGCGCGCGAGAUCGGUUACUACAUUCUCGAUUACUUUCUGCCAUCGAUUAUGCUCGUUUGCACGUCGUGGGUAACUUUCUGGCUGCAAGCGGAUAACGCUGCUCCUCGCGUUACAUUGGGAACCUCGACGAUGCUCUCGUUUAUAACAUUAGCCUCAGGUCAGAGCAAGAAUCUACCAAAAGUAUCAUAUAUCAAGGCCAGCGAAAUUUGGUUCUUGGGAUGCACGUUCUUCAUAUUUGCUUCCAUGGCAGAAUUCGCCUUUGUAAACAUCAUCUGGAGAAGGAAGAAAAAAGUGGAGCUUAAGAAAGUCAAUAGUAAAUAUAUCCUCAAAUCGACGUUGACUCCAAAGCUGGCGCGCCGAGAGCUGCAGCGAUCCAACUCCAUGAACAAUUUGCAGAAGUCUCACUCGUGCUCGAGUCUCGACGGAGUAGCCAACAAGCAAAGGGUGCAGUCCGAGCCCAAUUACAAUAACUAUCUUACCGUACACAGUUUCAACAGUUUCGAAGUGCCAACGAUUACCAUGCAAAGCGAGGACGACUUGAUCCCUCCGAGCAAAGGCAGCUUCACAACUAUCGAUAUGCCUUCAGUGUUGGAACCACCCAGUUGGACGACGAUGACUCCUCAGGAAAUCGCUAUCUGGAUCGAUAAACGCUCGCGUUUCGUCUUCCCCGUAGCCUUUAUAAUCUUUAACGUUUUCUACUGGAGCUUCGUCUACCUCUUGUAAUUCAUUCAAAAGAAAAUCAUUCACCUGGACUACCGUGUCAGUAUUUCUAAUUAUUAUUUAUUUUUAUAUCCGACGAGGCUACGACGAUUCGAAUCUCGACUGUUUAUUUUACUUUAUACUAUUUACACUUUCUUCCUUUCUAUACAUAUUUAUUUAUAUGUGCUCGUUGUAUUGUAUUAUAUUUAUUUAUUUUUUAUUUAUUAGUCAAAUAACUGUAGCGACUCUCAAAUAUUGACUAAU